AAAACUGGAUACAUUAAAAACCAACUCAAACAAGGAAAUCAAAAGUCAAGAGUGACAACACGUGCCGCACUUGCCACACAAUUCUUCGGAGCGCGACACGUGCCGCACACGCGACAUACAACAGAUUUCUAUUACCCGGAGGCGUUAUGCAAUUAAUAGACAAUUAGCGGAAAUAUUACAACAAAAUCAGCAUUUAACAAAGAUGUUUUCCAUGGACAAUUUCGAUUUGGAGGCCACCAUGGCUCGCCACUUCUUUGAGGGCUCCCAGGCGACAAACGCAUCGAACUCCAGCUCCGAAUACUUUUUCGGUGAUGAGCACAGCUCGGAAAGCGAUGACGAUGAUGAUGCCUAUAGCAGUGGUUUCAAUAGCGAUCAGGAGAACAACGAAAAGACCUACUCCAUGUUUAGCCGGCGUAGCCACAAGCCGCGUCGCUUGAAGUGCGCUUCCCAGAUGGCUCAGCAGCGUCAGGCGGCGAAUCUCCGAGAGCGUCGGCGCAUGCAGAGCAUCAAUGAGGCAUUCGAGGGUCUGCGUACUCAUAUACCAACGUUGCCCUACGAGAAGCGUCUCAGUAAGGUGGAUACGCUUAAGCUGGCCAUCAGCUAUAUAACCUUUCUCAGCGAGAUGGUCAAGAAGGAUAAGAAUGGCAAUGAGGCUGGGCUGAGCUUGCAGCGCAACUAUCAAAAGGAACCGCCCAAGAAAAUCAUUCUCAAAGAUCGCACUGGCGGCAUGGCGCAUUCCUUGUCCUGGUAUCGCAAGGGCGAUCGCUAUCCGGGCAGCAAGUUGUAUGCACGCACUUGGACACCCGAUGAUCCCAACCAGCAGUCGAUACAACCGCUCUACACCAACAACAACACCACCACGAAGAGCAAUCACAGCUCCAAUUCGAGUCAAAAUCAAAAUAGCAAUCAAUCCAGCGAUGACUUCAAUGUCAACACUGGCGAAUUGACUGGCGGAGCAGCCAACACAGCAGCGAGCCUCUUUGGCAGCGGUGGUGCACUCUAAAUUGGAUAUUCCACAUCAAAAAUCUCUAAAAACUAGUCAGCGCUUGCUAGUCAUCAAAGACACACACACACACUCCCACACACUUACUAUUUAAUACAUAUACCUAAAAAUAUAUAUGCAACUAUAUAUUCCAAUUUUAAAAAAUACAUUUAAAAACAUGUUCUGUGGUAUUUAAUUGCUCUAAGUUUGCUAAUAUCUAAAUGUUAUACUUAGUCGUUUAGUUUAAAAAU